UCCGGAGGAGAGCGCGAGCAGGCUUCAAGUGGAUAAUGCGACCUGACCCAUCGAUCUCUGCGACACCAGGCACCAGAUUGAGCUUUGUUUCUUCUCGCAGCUGCAGAGUCUGUGUAGAUUGCGAGGUGGGUUCCGCUGAGUUCCGUCAUUCCGCGUCUGCUCCAGCUCAAUUUGUAGGUGGGAGAGAGAGAAUGGCAGCUAUGGCGCAAGCAGCCGUGAGCACGCCCGCGAGCUUGGGCGCCGCGAACUACGUCGCCAGGACGAGAGAUUUCCAGUCUCCUGCUAGGGUGUGCUUCGGAGGAGUUGCUGCGAGAGUACCGGCCGUGCACCUGAAGCGGAGGUCGAUCGCUGUGAGCGCCGCGGUGGCGGAUGUGGAGAAGUUGGACAGGCUUGUCUCCGAGGUUGAGCUGCUGACUCUGGAAGAGGCAAGGCUUUUCACCGAUAAGCUCCAAGAGAGGCUCGGCGUGAGCGCUGCGUCAUUUGCACCUGCCGCUGGAGCUGCUGCUGGAGCGCCUGCCGAAGCCGCUCCUGUCGUGGAGGAGAAGACCGAGUUUGAUUUGGUUCUCGACGAAGUGCCAGCCUCCGCCAGAAUUGCUGUUAUUAAGGCUGUUCGGACCUUGACGGCUUUGGGGUUGAAGGAAGCGAAGGAUAUGAUCGAGGGCUUGCCUAAGAAGGUGAAGGAAGGAGUCAGCAAGGAGGAUGCUGAGGAGGCGCAGAAGGCAUUGGAAGCUGCCGGAGCCAAGUGCAGCGUCAAGUGAAGUGUUUGUGUUCAUAGGGUAGGUAGUUAAAUCUCCUCGAGGUUUUUCGAAGUUUUUCCUCUUGGUGUUGCGAAUCGCUCAGUCUUCGUUUUAUGCUAGGGGUCAAUACAUAAACCCUGGCCGUGGGAUUUGAGCAUACAGACGACGUCGCUUAAAUUUCUGGUAGAAGAUUACUUGUCGACGUUAAAAUGUCACUUUUUUUUUUUUUUUUUUUUUUUUUUUUUUCAUGUUUAUACUGCUGGAUCGUAGUGCCCGCAAAGGUGCUGUUGAACAGUUUUCCCCAUUGAUGUCUUCACUCAGUGUCCAGAUUCCCAACACAUUCGUAGCAUUUAAUUCUUGCUUUGAGUCUGUCGUGGAUAAUGACACAACUGAGAAUGUUUGAAUUUUGUGUUAAACGACGUUAUUCGCUGUUGUGCGUCGA